CACGCACCGGGAAGGUGUCACUUCCCUCUUAUCGCGGGACUGCAGCAAUGUGAGAGAUAGAGAGAAAUGUCACUUUUCCUCACAAUGCGAUAAGAUGCAAUUAAGCAAACAGUGGAAGAAGAGGAGCAAAAGCCCAACAGAACGGCGCGCACAAAGUGCACUCCUUUCUCCAACACAAGCAACAGCAGUAACGCCACGCGAGACCCUUGCCGUGCUUAAUUGAAUUAAAGGUAUCUAUAGUCACACAAAAACAAACACAGCACACUUUGUUUAGAAAACCGGGACAGGCGGUUCCCACCCAGCCACGAGAGAAACAACGCAAACACACGCGGAAGUGCAGGUGAGAGGAGUUGGUCAGUCGUGGGCUUACUGUGCUUCGGUCAAUCCAGUAGGCAAACAAAGCGAAAGCCAGAGGAUGGAUACUGUGCGUAAUCAAUCCGUUCCCAGCGUCACACUGGAAUCAGCUGCACCGGUCACAGAGGGUGGUAUCAACAUCGCGAAACGAUAUCCGGACCGGUCGGAUAAUUUGUACUUCCUGUUCAUCCCUUUGGCGGUACUGGUUACGGUGAUGCUGCUGUCCGUUGUGGUGUACUUGAUGGCUAGGAGACGCCAUAAGAUUCGCUCCAAGUACAGCUACGUUCCCAGCUUUAGCUUCGAAUCGUCCGAUCUGGACGAGGAGCGGGAGGAACGCGAAACCGAUCAUCUGCUGAAGGGCGGGAAGCUGCGCCUGGAAGAGCCGCCGUUCGAGGAAGCAUCCGGCGGGAAUCCGUUUGCCGGGCAACGGUACGGGGGCAGCCACGAGCUGUUCGCCUAAUACAAUUAAGCAAUGUGUCCCACUUUUCCACACUGUUAGCUUCUUGGUAGGUUAGAAUAGAAUUACCCUAACGGUUUGUGAUACACUUAAAUCGAUAGAGCAGUCGUCGGCCAGUUACACACCAAAGAAAAUACAAUGGAACCGUCCAUUGGAUCGGUUUCGAUUGGAAAAAAAGUAUUGCGAUUAGGCACUUACUUAACUACAACAGUACUGCCAGGCAGGCCAGGCGUAGGAACCGCUCUUAUUACACUGUAUCUGGAUUGUGAUAUGGUUGUAGCAGGGAAAACAAAUGUACGUAAACGACGGAAACGUUGGGAUGAGGGAUAACAGUUUUGUGUACUUAAAAAAACUGAACUUCAAUACACAUUAUUUUGUUCUUCUACAA